AGGAGAAGAAGAGGAGAAGUGCAGAGACAACACUCUAUUUUUUGUUUUCUUUCCCUUUUUGCUGCUCAACAUGUGUCUCAGUUUGGUGAUGCUCUUUCUCUGUCUCUCCCAAACAGAGAUGGCUGAAGUUUGGGUUCAACAUCAGGCAGAUGAUUGGUAUGAUGUGAGCUCACAGCAGCACGGACGGCCAACUGGAGGUGACAGCGGCGCUCUGGGAUCCCAGAGGUCGUCUCAGAGCCAGGCCAGAGCGAGCAGAGCCGUCCUGGGCGGAGGACUAACCAUCAGCUCGCUGCCAGACAACAUGACACGCGUGGUGGAGGACUCUGGAAAGUACUACACAUGGCGAAGCUUUGGCCCUGAGGAUCAGCGUACGGGGGACCUGUGGGUGGACAUGAGUGACGUCCGGCGUGGCCAGGUCAGAGUCCACGGCAUCCUGUCCAACUCCUACAAACAGGCUGUGAGGCUGGCCCUGUCUUUUGACUUUCCCUUUUACGGACAUUACCUGCGGCAGAUCACCAUAGCAACAGGAGGGUUCAUCUUCACGGGGGACGUCACUCACCGGAUGCUGACCGCCACGCAGUACAUCGCCCCUCUGAUGGCCAACUUUGAUCCCAGCUACUCCAAAGACUCCACUGUGCAGUAUCUGGAUAACGGAGAGGUGUUCGUGGUCCAGUGGGAGCGGGUUCGACUCCCGGGCAAAGAGGCCGCGGGAGCCUUCACCUUUCAGGCGGCGCUUUACAAAACGGGGGUCAUCGCUUUCAGCUACAGAGACAUCCCCCUGCCGCUGGACGUGAUGGGCUCGGCUGAACAUCCCGUCAAAGCCGGGCUGUCGGACGCCUUCAUGGUCGUGUCACCCUCUUCCCAGGCGCAGGGUGUCCCACAGCAGACAAUCUACGAGUACCAUCGAGUGGAGCUCGACACCACGAAGAUCACCAACUACUCUGCUGUGGAGUUCACUCCUCUAACCACCUGCCUUCUCCACGACAGCUGCCACCUGUGCCUCUCAUCCAACCAGACGUCCGGCUGCAGCUGGUGUAACGUACUUCAGAGGUGUUCAGACGGCAUGGACAGACACAGGCAGGAAUGGCUGGAUUAUGACUGCUCAGCGGAGAGCAAAGACGCAACCUGUGAGGAUUACCUUGUCGACAGCUCCAUCUCGCCAGUGACUGAAGACACAACCUCUUUAACCCCCCCACAGAGCGGCUGUAACACUGAUGAUGAUACAAAACGUCAUGUUUUCAAGACGGGCAGCAAUGUGAAAACAGAUUCUUCAACUAAGAGUGAGGGUCUGGCUAACAGCGCAGUCGUCGCCGGUAUCGCAGCAGCGCUGGUGUUAAUCUUGGCUUUGGUGCUCGUUGCUCUUUAUAUCAACUUCCAUCCAACUGCUGCGUCACCGCUGUACCUCAUUCAGCGACGCAAGAGCUACUGGCCUUCUUGGAAAUUUCAGAAGCAGCAGCCGGGUUACAGAGAAGUGGAAGGAGAAGGUCACGACAAAGACAGCAUUGUCGAAGCAGGGCCCUGUUGAGACCAUGAAGAGAAGAAUACUUUGGUUCAAGCAUAUGCGUUUGUGCAAUAAAUUACAUUCCAGAUCUAGGUUUUUCAUUCAUUUAAUGCUAAUUUCCUACAACCUUUUGUGAAGCAUUGCAAAAGGGGAAAUCAUUGCAUAUAUCCGCAGGCUGGAGUUUCUUUGUAGGAGCUUCUUGUUGCUUUUAUACAUUUCAAGUAAAUGAUCAGGUAAAUUGUUGUUUGGUUUUCGUCACUGCAGAGAAUUUCCCAAAACAUGUUUUGACAAAUGCAACGCUCAAAAGAAAGGAAUGUCUCAAUAUUUCGUUCGUUAAAAUGCUCGUCACAUGCUCCGAUGUCAGCUGCCUGGCAGCUCUCACCACAGGUGAUUAAUGCUGUGUUUCUGAAUCCACUGCUAACCAUGUACACAAAGAAAAUAAGAAAAACCUCAGAGAAUGCUACUCAACCUUUAUAUCAGUACUCUGCAAUUAACAAAAAAUGCAUGUUAAAAACUGUGCUAAAAUGUCUACAUUUCUUCACUAAACUUGUUUAAUGUCAUUAAUAUCGCAGACAAGACAGUGUGGAUUUAGAGUAAAAUUAUAAUUUUGUAACAACAUUAUCUUGACCCAAAAGGUUACCAUUUCCUGCAGCUACAAAUCAGUUAUAUUUGGUAAUGUGGGUAAAACUGUAUUUUUGGUCUUAAAGGUUGCAGAUCUCUGCGAUACAGAAGCUCAGUCUUGUUUCACAGUGGUUCAAAACCUCCUGUAAAGCUUCACCUGUUCUGAAACGUCAAAAUUAAACUUGCAAAUAUCAAAGCAAAUUAGAAUAAACCACUUUCUAGGAUCCAGAGCACGCCUUGGAAUCUGUCGGUUGCUUUUGUUUUUAGGGAUUCUUGCUUUUGUGGGCUAACAAGUCCAACAGUUUGGUUCCACUGAUGUUUUUUUUUCUUUUUUCUUUUUUUUGGAGAGAGAGAGAAACACUUGUAUGAUUUCUAUAGUUAUGUAUGCUUCCUUUGGAAUAUAGUGGUGGUUGCAUUCACCCCUCU